AUUUUGUUGCAGAGUUUUAGGAGGAAAAAUCUGUUUUUAGAAAUAUUGUUGCCUUUGAGAAGUCUCAAACGUCUAUAAAUAGACUUGAGUUCUCUUCAAUUUAUUUUUUUAUUCCUUUUACAACCUGCUCAAAGCAAUACCUGGGAGACGAAACUUUUUAUUUGCUCAUAAAAAUGUAUAUAUUAAUCAAAUUAAAUUCUAUUUUUAGACGACCUGGAUACCGCAAUCGAAUUGGACAGCAACGCCCCAACCGAUAUCGUCAGCCUCAAGAACCAAAAGAAGAAGAUGAAAAAGAAUCAACGGGAAGCAGUUUCAUGAGUUUCUUUCAAAAAGCCAAAACAUUUUAUGACAUUUUCCAAGCAAUGAAUUCGGCUUGGAAAACAGUCGAAGACCGAUAUCGUAAAAAUAACCCACACCAAAACCAAUCACAAACACAAAACCAUGCAAACCAUGCAAACCAUGAAUCGGUAAACAACAAGAUGAACCCCAAAAGACUGCGAACUACCAAGGCACCAAUAAUAAUUACACCUUCGAAUGUGGAGGAAGACCAACAACAACAACAACAACAAGAGCAACAGGAUACAUCACAGGAAAAGGACGAAUAUCGUUCACGUCGUUCAUGGUUGAAAGAAACUACCGUUAAUGACAACAAGGAAUCAACAUACGACAACGAGGAUGACGAUGAUGAUGAUGACAACUCCCAAAUUACUGAAUCAGAUUCAUCUGCAUCCGGAGCUACGUCAUCGUCAUCAUCCUCGACCGCAGUUGCGGAAGGACGCUACAUUAAGGGUGACCCCCUUAAAGGUUACUAUGAUUUUGUAAUAACCGAGGGUUCCUAUAAAUUCUGGGCUGUAUUUCAGGUUGGAACAGCGCUUUUAAUUAUUUAUUCAACAUUUGCGGCAAUUUAUUACUCGAAAGUUAAUCCCUUGGUAAGCGACUACGACUAUGUCGACUAUCUCGGCGGUGGACGUUCCCUAUCCGACGAUUCCGAUUUUGUUGAUAUGGAUGCACCGCUGCCACCAUCAAUGGCAGCAGAUAGUGAACAAAUAUCGUCCUCGAUGCCAGAGGGUGUCUCUAGGAGCCGACAACAAGACCAAUCUACUGCUAGUGCACCAGGUUGGAUUGGUUGGCUUCCACAUGCUGGACACACGUUACGAUUUAUUCUCGAAUCAAUAGAUAAAGUAUAUAAUGAGGACUAAAACCGAAAUAACAUGACCCAAAAAAAAAAAAAAAAUUAAAUAAAACAGGAUAAAAGUGCCACAAUCGAGUUUCUCGUGAACCUCAGGACAACUAUACACUCUGUGUGUAUUUCUAAGCAUCGCUUUUGGGAAUCGAAAUGGACAUUUUAGUUUUUUUGUUCAAGCAUAGAAUUACCUUUGGUACUAUAUAUGCAAUUCAAGUUUGGAAUUUUCAUUUCGAAAAGUGCUAGUUUUUUAGGAAUAAAAGCAAAAUAGAUAUAAGUUUGUACUAAAAAAAAAAAAAUAUUCAGCUGUCAAGUCACGAGGGACAUAGAUUGCUUGUUAAAAAGGUUUAUGCAAAACGAUUUUAUAUACAAAAAAAUAUACCACAGUAAAUUUAAAAUUUUUGAGAGUUUUUUUU